CGCUGGACAAUCGUCCACAUCUGACCACCAUAUCCUCACCCCAGGACCGCAAUAUCUUGCGAGAUGGAAUACGUCACAAUUCCCAACGAGGCAUGCGGCAGCACCACCCCUGGCGUAGGUGCUAUUAUCGACAUGGACGACCCUCGUAUCGUCGCCGGAUAUAUUGUCAAGGUCAACUUCCAUAAGCUGGUAUCUGAAUGGGUGAGCGAGUCACUUGCCAUCCAACAUGCAGUGUUCAGUAGAGUAGAUUCACUGUACAAGGACGACGUCAUCGAAGUCAAGGGAAAGCUUGUACACAUCACACGUCGUCAGUCAUUGACAAACGCGACUGUUGUCUUAGCGAAGCCUUGCGCUGCUCCCAGCUGCGACAAGGUGGAUCCCCGAAUCCCAUGCUCUGGCUGUUUCAAGAAGACUUAUUGCUCGGAGGAGUGUCGGCAGGCGCAUGCGAAUGAGGCCCACCAGGGAGAGUGUGGUGUCGUUAGACGAUACCUCGACUUUGAGAACGCUCUUGAGGAUUUCUAUACAAAGAUGGAUCGGGGAUACUAUUACUAUCGGCUGGAAUCUGUUCAGGGUGGCAGCAUUCGAUGCGAUUGAGCUUGCUCAAGAGCCCAUCUAGUUUCCUUGGUAUGGUAGAACUCCUCAGAAUGACACACUUUCCUCAGUCAUUCUCAUGUAUCUAGAAACCCUGGGGAAUAGGUAAAUGUCUCCAUAGAUGAAUCGAAAGGUAGUGAGUCAUGAAAUCGGCCGGUAGACUCUUCGCGGACUUCUCAACACCGUGACCUACAAUGAAAUCU